CGGGUCAGCCAUGGGGCCGCCGUGCUGCUCAGUUCUCCAUUUUGUAUGUUUUUCCUGGAGGUUAGCGCCUACUUUCCUAAUGGCUAGCCACAAAUCCCCAUAGCUUAGCCAAUUUAACAUUUUGCGUGAGAAUUGACGGCCGGCGGGACCCGAAAGGAAGAGAGGAAGCCGAUAAUGUGCUUAUGAACCGAUGAGUUUUGUCUGUUUAUGUAGCCAUGUAGCAUCGGUACGGGCGUGUUGUGAGCUGCCACUUUCAACCAAAACAAUGUUGACAGACGACCUGUGGACACAUAUCAGCAACCAGUCAUUUCAAGGAUGGACAAAGAAGGAGUGAAGAAGAUAACAUACAGAAGAGAUGACCAUUUAAGCAAACUGGUCUACACUGAAAGCCCCGAGGAGGGAGGUCUGUUGAAAGUGGCUCCCCACAGUGCCAUGUCCAUCACCUCUGCCACGUCUGUCGCUCUUCCACCCAGCCCACUGAUGCAGCCAGGACAGGUGCCGAACGGCGUCAGCAACAGCCCCUUGCCGGAGAAGCUUACCUCCACCUCUGUCAGUGCUACCGGUGGCUCCUUGUUGGAAAGUGCGGAGCCCAAGGGCCUGACCAAAGACCAGAGGCCUCAGCAGCAGCAGCAGCAGCAGCUGUACCAGACACAAACUUCCACAACGCUCGGGCGUCAAGCCUUGGCGGACAGAUUGCCCCAGUUGGAGGCCAGUAUAGCAGACAUCAACCAGUCCUCCAUGGAUUCACUUAUCGGGGGCUCAGAUCCCAUCUUCUUCCCUAUGAAAUCGGAGGAGUUCUCCAUGGAUAAAGGCGAGCAGGACCCCAUCGACAUCGACCAUCCCUUUGAGCACAUUGGGAAAGACAUGGACGUGAACCAGAAGCUGUUCAGCGACAACACGCUGGACCUGCUCCAAGACUUUGACCUCAUCGGGUCUCCCUCAGAUUUUUACGUCGGGGACGACGCUUUUCUGACCACUCUGGCGGACGAUGCCUUGCUCGUGGACGUUAGCUCGGAUAGGGACAUGAAGGUUGUUGUCGUGGAGAACAGUAACAACCCAGAGUCGGUCUCAGUUUCUCUCAACGGCAACAAUAUGACGAGUCCCGAUCAGACCACGUCUAGCAUAUCCACAACUGCUUCCGCAACCCCUACAACCACUUUGUCCGCGUUGGUAAAAAAAGAAAAGGACCCUGGCUUCAUUCAGCUCUGCACCCCAGGAGUGAUUAAGCAGGAGAAGACGUCCGCAGGCCAGAGCUACUGCCAGAUGAGCAGCACGUCCUCUGCAGACAUGGCCAGCACUAACCCCAUCUCCAUCUGUGGGGUCAGCACAUCAGGAGGACAGAGCUACCACUUUGGAGUCAACCCCAGAAACAAUGAAGCGCCGCAGCAGCAGCAGCAGCAGCAGCAGAAGGAUCAGAAGCCAGUGACCAGCGUGUUCCUUCCAGUGACAACCAUUGGAGGGCCCUGGAACAGAGGACAGAGUAUUGGGGACAACUCGUCAAACCACAGGGCCAGUGAGACUUUCUCAAGUUCUCCAUCCUUUCCCACAACCUUUGCCAGUACUACCUCCAGACAGGAAGGGGGCGCCGCCACAUCCUUGGCACAGGGAAAAAGCAGGACUCAGAAAAUCUGUCUGGUGUGCUCUGACGAGGCUUCUGGCUGCCACUACGGUGUCCUCACCUGCGGCAGCUGCAAGGUCUUCUUCAAGAGAGCGGUAGAAGGGCAGCAUAAUUACCUGUGUGCUGGGAGGAACGACUGCAUAAUAGACAAGAUCAGGAGGAAGAACUGCCCGGCCUGCCGCUUCCGCAAGUGUCUGAUGGCAGGCAUGAACUUGGAAACUCGCAAAACCAAGAAGCUGAAUCGCUUAAAGGGCAGCCAGCCCAGCAACCCGCCGGAGGUGAUAGCUUCUCCGCCGAUCGAGGCUUGUUCCCUUGUACCCAAGUGCAUGCCUCAACUCGUUCCCACGAUGCUAUCCUUGCUGAAGGCCAUAGAGCCCGAUACCAUCUAUGCCGGCUACGACAGCACCUUGCCUGACACCUCCACCCGCCUCAUGACCACCCUCAACAGGCUGGGAGGCCGUCAGGUCAUCUCCGCUGUCAAGUGGGCCAAGGCUCUGCCAGGUUUCAGGAACCUGCACCUGGACGACCAGAUGACUCUGCUCCAGUGCUCCUGGCUCUUCCUCAUGUCUUUUGGACUGGGCUGGAGGUCUUACCAGCAGUGCAAUGGAAACAUGCUCUGCUUCGCACCGGACCUCGUCAUCAAUGAAAAACGGAUGAAGCUGCCCUACAUGGCCGACCAGUGUGAGCAGAUGCUGAAGAUUUCUAGCGAGUUCGUCCGACUGCAGGUUUCCCACGACGAGUACCUGUGCAUGAAGGUCCUGCUGCUGCUCAGCACAGUGCCAAAGGACGGCCUGAAGAGCCAGGCGGUGUUUGACGAGAUUCGGAUGUCAUACAUCAAGGAGCUGGGAAAAGCCAUCGUGAAGCGUGAGGAGAACUCCAGCCAGAACUGGCAGCGAUUCUACCAGCUCACCAAGCUCCUGGACUCCAUGCAUGAGCUGGUCGGCGGAUUGCUCAACUUCUGCUUCUACACCUUCGUGAAUAAAUCCCUGAGCGUGGAGUUCCCGGAGAUGCUGGCGGAGAUCAUCAGCAACCAGUUACCAAAAUUCAAGGCCGGCAGCGUCAAACCUCUCCUCUUCCACCAGAGAUGACUGAAACCCGUAACAGACACAAUGCCUUAAAAUCCCACCGCAUCACCUCACCACCCCACCCCCAACUCAACCGCCACCCACCUCCACCCCCCGGGGGAGCGACGAUGAACAGGACUGAGGAGGAGGAGGAUCCAGGGCGAGGAGUGAAUGAUGUCUUCGGGAGCGAGUAUGCAACUUUGUGUAGUGGCUUACAGGUCUGGAAGGAGAGCGCGUAGGUGUUUGUGUGGAAACCAGACGGCGAGCACAAGAGUUUUUGUUUUGUUGAACAGUCUAAGAUGUAGUGUGUGUGUAACCAUGCAUAGGAAACGUUUGUAAGAUAAAAGAUAAUCACAAAAAGAAAUAGGCUAACGUGAACGUCGUCUCAGGAUUCUUACCUUCAAAUUCAGAACGAUAUCUAAAAUAGAUAGAAAAAGUAUCUAUGUACAGGUUCUGAUAGUAUUUUCUACAUUUUCAAAUUAUAACAGUUUAUACAGUUUUCCAGGUCGUUGUUACCUGAGUAGGUAACAACGCUUAAUAACAUGCUCUUAAGUAGGCUUUUAGACUGUAUGUUCCACUUUUAGUUUUCAUAGGAGGCUGUAACAAUAAGUUUAUCAGUCACACACGGGGGGGGGGGGGGGGGGUUCUGUUUUAUAGUCACUUAAAAGCAUCUUUUUGUUGCUUCGACUAAUUCAGUGGGACUUAUAACCGAAGUCCAGCAGUCAAAGGAUGAUUUCUCCCACAAGCCGACCUCUUCCAGGUUUACACAUGUCUAUUAUAAAAGGGAAAAAAAAAAAACAUGUGCCUUUUUUGCUUCAAAUAUCAUGUUAGUCAUUUUUCUUCCUACCAUAUUUCUCACCAAACCGUCUGGUUGUCUGGUCUACUUUCGUAUGUUGAUUGUACUUUUUAUAUAACAUGCAGUUGCAGGUUUUCCUUUUUUCUUUUUUUUUUCUUUUUUUUCCAAUGGCUGUGUUUAUCUUAAAGAAGUGGCAGCUCGGUCCAUCCUUUGUGCGUAGAAAUGAUUCUUAUAACAAUAAUCAGAGCCUGCUUCCUUUUCAUCUCCCUCGACUCCUUAAGUGCGAUUUGAGCACUGGGAACUGCUAAAGGCUUUAAAAGACUGUGAAGAAAGACUGUUAUACUGUCUUUACUGUAUGACCCUAGAUGGAAGUUAGACCCUUUUUUCUAGUAGGAAGUAGCCCGAUCAUGUCUUCAUUUUGCUCCACACUCCUGCCCCUGUAGUCCCAGUAGUUGAGUGAGAUCAAUACUUGCGUCUAUCAAUCACGAAAGAGAGGGCAUAUUUUAUUGCGUUUGAAAGGUUGUGUCAUUUUUAAUCAGUCAGGAUUAAUCAUUGUGGUUUUAACGAGACUCAAACUGGUUGAAAAAUAACCGUCCUUCGCAUUAGUUUUUUUUUUUUAGUAGCCUGGUAGAAAUGCAGUCGUGAGUCUGCAGCUGAUUCUCGGACUGUCCUUGCUCUCGUUAAGUAUCUACUUAUAUAUUUUUUAUUGAAAGCCUUUGUGCUGUUAUCUUGCUAAAUGUUUUGAAGGAAUAGUUGAACUUUUAGGGAAAUACGUUGAGUUUUUUUUUUUUUUUUGGCCAUGAAGAUUUACACACCUUCUUUGUAAAUGUGAAGGUGGAGUCAGACGGUGGUUAGCUUAGCUUAGCGUAGCGUAGCUUAGCUUAGCUUCAGGACUGGGAAGAGCUAAACUACAACCAGCACCUCCAACGCUCAUCAAUUCAGAUGUGAAAACGACCAUGCAUCAUCUUAUGUUGGGUUAUAUGAUUUCUUUCCUCGGAUAAGUUGCCUCCAGAAGCCUUCUCUUGUUGCCUAGCAACUGGUCCUGGAAAUAGUCCAGAUGGUUGAAUUGUCCUCAUUCUCUUUUAUUGUGCGAGUUAAAACACUUGAGCUAAACGUUACUGAGAUGUAGAUGUUAUUCAGAGCCUAGGCCACCUGUUUAUCCGUGUCCAGUCUUCAUGCUAAAGCUAAGCUAACCAUCCGUCAAGUCAUAUUUGUUGUGAACACGCGAACGGCGCCGACCUCCUCGUCUAACUUGUGGCAAGAAAGUUAAAGAGUAUUCCCCGAAAUGUCAGACUGUUCUCUUUAAAUACGAUAGCUUAUUAAGUAUACAGCACUUUGGAAGAGACAUUGGCAAAAGUUGUUACCCUGUAAGCUUUGACCCCCCCCCCUUCUCCCUCCCUCUUGUUCCCUCAACGCCCUGUAGGCACCUUGUCCUGAUGUCUUCAGUAGCUUUGCACGUUUAUUUGAUUGUCUAGUAGAUAGUUGAAGCCCCAGCUUUUGAAAGCACUUAGCCUCAGUCACCUCACAGAGUCCAGUCACAGAGAAAGUGAAGCAUUGCUGACGGUGGAGGCAGGCAAAAUGGAUCCUUUAUUCUCUGGGAACUAUUUCAGUGCCAAACUCCUGUUUUGUCUGUUUUCAGCGAUUCUGAAAGUCGGUCAGUAUUUGUACGGAGAGAGGAAACGAAUCCAAGCACUGAAGCUUGUUAAUUAUCACAAAAGUCCUGAGUUAUAUUAUUAAUAUUAAUAUUAUUAUUACUAUUAUGAGAGCUUCAGUCAACUGGAUAGAUGUCAUUAGUGAGAGAGAACUGAGCUUUAUUCGUAAACACUCGUGUUUGUGUCACCGCACACAUUAAUCCAGGUCUGUCGGCGUCUCCUUUUCUGUGUGGUAGAAGUGGGAAUUUGAAAUGUGUUGCAACGUUUUCAUCACUUUGUCUGCUCGGUUUAUUUGGCCUCGUGUUCCAUAACCCGACUUGUUUGUGUUUAUUGAUCCAGGUUUUUUGAGUGAAUGUCGAAGAGGAAAUAAUGUUGUUCAAAAGAGACGACAGAUUAGAGACGACCAACUGUCAGUUAAGAGUAAUUGGGAAAAAAAGAUGUGAAAGACUUUAAAGUGGUAAAUAUUAAAGAUGUCAAAUAGUUGUGUUGCUAAUCUACCCUAACAACAGAUAUAAAAGCACUCAUUAUGUAUUAUAAGCUGUUCCCAUGCUCAGGUUGUUGCAAUUGUCUGAUUUCACACAGUUUGUCCGUGUUUAGUUGAUGAACCAAAAACUGUUUGGAUUUCCCCAAAAUGUGUCCGCUUCUGUGUUUCACCGUGUUUGUCAGGAGCAACGUUUCGCUUCAAACGUCUGAGGAGUCGGCUGCCUCCGACGUCAUUCAUACCUUUAGGCUCAGACAGGCGGAUGCUUAUUUUUCUUUUCAGUUUAUUCAGAAUAGUUGGAGGGAAAAAAAAAACAAAAAACAUCCUCAUUACCUGCAGAAGGCUUACUCAUGGGUUACUUUCACAUUCAGUGUAUCCAAAUCUCUGCUGCUGCUGCUGCUGUUCAUUUAAACAGAAAUAUAUACAUAUAUAUAUUUGAAAGCACAUACUUGCCUCUUCUUGCUCAAAAAUGUAUCCUGUUUCUUAUACGUUUUUGAGGAGGACAAUUGAAUAUGCAAUAGAAAUGACAGAUAAUCUAUCAUCGCCACAUAAUAUAAUGUGCUAACUUCCUUUUUUUUCUUACUUAUUUUUUUCUGAUAUAAGCUAUUUGCAUACACGAGAUUCACAUAUAACUUUUAUCUCUGCAGGCCAGAUAAUCUGGACGUUCAGGAAACAGCAAUCAGUCCACACACACACACACCCACACACACACACACACACAAGAAAAAAGCCUCUUUAAUGUUUGACUACAAGUUGACCAAAGCAAACACAGAUGAAUUCAACAUAAUGUCGGUGUAAAGGAGCUCCGAGAACACAAAUGUACAGUUGUUUGAUUUUAAACACAUUUUUUUACUCUUUAAACCGCUUUGGUCAGAUUGUGAAAUACUGUGAAUAGGAUCGGAGUCUGUCUUUUUCACACACAAAAACUGUUUGUGAAAGUAAUCAACCUGCUUGAAUCUUUAAAAGAAAAAAAAAUUAAGAAAGAUUUGCACUACCCAAAUAUUGUUUGAAAAUCUAUUUUGUAUAAAACAUAUGCAGACAUUAACUUUUAAGAACUAUCAAGGGCGGAUCACGUUUCACUGGUAUAUGCUUUCUCUAAAGAGCUUUUUGUUUCGCUUAAAACAAGUUUAAUAUGUACAUAUAAUCCAUUGUAAAGAAAAUGUGGUGUAUUUGUCUCCAAAUAAUAGUUUUUCAGUACCUACCCUCUGUAUUAUUUCUCCUCUGUAGUGUGACUCCUGUUGAUCUUCUCCUCCUUUGAUUAAAGGUCGAAGCGUA